AUGGCUUUUGAGGCUCUGUCUGGCAAGGUUGGCCCAUCUAUUUACCUGCUUUGCGUCUGCAUCACAUUCGUGUUCGUUGUGGUGUCAACACCGAUUGCGCAAUUCAAGGGCAAGGGUGUCACCGUUACUGGUGCCGGUCAGAAGGGGUCGUGCGUCACGUUCUGGGGCCUGAAGAACGACUGCAAGACGAACGGCUACACGCUCCGUCCUGCUGACAUGAUGUGUGAAGAAGGCAACACCCGCCUCCGUCAGGUGUUCCAGGCCGCUGAGGCGUUCUCCAUCAUCUCCAUCUUCGUUGUGCUUGUUUCAGGCAUUGCGGUCGUAAAGCAGCUUGCUGGGUCCUCGACGCACUGGAUCGCCGUCCUUUCUGCCCUUUUGAGCGUUGCCACGGUCCUGAUUCCAUGGGCCUGCAUGGCCGCUGUGCCCCAUAGCAAUAUGUGCGGUGAAGCCUUCAAAGCCGCGUGGAAAGCCAACUGGAAGUUCAGCGCCGGGUUUGGUCUCUUCGUUUCCGGCUGGGCUAUUCAGGUGAUCGGUACGGCCUGUCUCAUUCUCCUGAAUUAA